UGCCCCCACCCCCACCCCUCAUCCCCGCUGCAGUGGUUGAAGACUGCUCCCACCCCACUGUUCUUUGUGACCUCUCACCAGCUGCCCGCCUGCCUUCAUGCUGCCCCUGCGCCUGCGCCGGCUGUGGCCCCACAACCCUCACACUCGGUUCUUCGCAGCGGCCGCCCGGCAGCGCCCCUGCAGGUUUGGGCCUCUCUCCACAGGUCUGGCCCCAGUAACUACUAUGAACUGUUGGGGGUGCAUCCUGGUGCCAGCGCUGAAGAAGUUAAACGAGCUUUCUUCUCCAAGUCCAAAGAGGAUAGGUCAUGGGAAGGGAGAUGAGGGGAGUCCUGCCCCACCCCAGCUGCACCCUGACCGGGACCCCAGGAACCCAGCCCUGCACAGCCGCUUUGUGGAACUGAGUGAAGCGUACCAAGUGCUGAGCCGUGAGCAGAGCCGCCGCAGCUAUGACCACCAGCUCCGCUCGGCAGCUUCCCCAAAGUGUCCGGGAACCACAGCCCAUCCCAGGUCUGCUCAUCAGGCACACAGCAGCUCCUGGGCACCCCCCAAUGCAGAAUACUGGGCCCAGUUUCAUGAAGUGAGGCCUCAGGGACCAGAGUCAAGGCAGCAGCAGCACAAGCACAACCGGCGGGUGCUGGGGUACUGCCUCCUGAUCAUGCUGGGAGGCAUGGGCCUGCACUAUGUUGCCUUCAGGAAGCUGGAGCAGAUGCAUCGUAGCUUCAUGGAUGAAAAGGAUCGGAUCAUCACAGCCAUCUACAAUGACACUCGGGCCCGGGCCAGGGCCAACAGAGCCAGGCCCCAGGAGGAGCAACGGCAGGGGCAGCAGCUGCAGCCACCACCGGGACCUCCUCAAGGCCCCGGUAUCGUGCCCCCCAGCCCCAGCCCCUGAGCGGCUCACCUUGGAGAGCUCACCUUGGAUGGGGCCUGCGGUGUGCUCCCUUCUGGGACACCCCACUCCCCAAAAUGCGUGCAAUAAAGUGAUUCUCAGAGCUCUUGUGUGGCUCGCUCCUACAGGCCCAGAGCCCCCGGCCCGGGCCCCGCCCUCCGGGUUCUGGCGGCGGCAACCCGGGAGCCCGGCCCCCUGGGCGGUGCGUCCCCUUUCCCCUGCUGCGGCAGGAGGUGGGGUGUGUGUAGAGGGGGCGGGCCCCGCCGGCGGCCUCGCCCCCCCUCCCCCACCCCGCCCCCGCCCCGCGGCCCGGUGGGGAGCGCGUGUCUGGGUC